AUGGAUUUGACACACGAGUCAUUAGUAGAGUAUGAAGAUGAAAGUGAAGCCGGCGGUGGCGAUGGUGGUUUCUACCCCUAUUCAGAGUCUUUUCGGCUUACAGACACACAUGAACCUUCUUUGGCAAGUCAAGAUUUAGCCACUAGAAUGUUCAUUCCAGAAAAUGAAGAGAAACUCUUUACAGAAUCGACUUUAUGUGACUUAAUUUCGAAAUCGGAUGCCGAACAAAUACGAAUGUCUACUACUGAUAACAAAGAGGAAGAAAAGAAGAAGAGUGAGACUACAAAAUCAGUGCCUGCACCACCACCAAUGCCACCACAAGAACCGAUUCAACAACAGCUAAAAUCUACCGGCAAGAUAUCAAUAAAGCAAUGCCGUGAAGCAAUAUCAGAGUCGGCAUCAUUACAACAGCAGCAGUCAGUAGAAACACUGAAACGUGAACGGCGGCUUGUCUUCGAUCGUAGCGGCAGCUCCACGGCUAAAAAGUCUGAACUUGGUACUGGUGCUGCUCCUUCUCUCCCUCCUCGUCUUCCAACAACAGCAGCAUCAUUAUCAUCACUUCACCAUUUCUCUCAGACUUCUAUCACUAACAGUAUCGCAAGUGAAGAUGUUCCAACAUUCGAUUCAUCUAUCGGCGAGUUACUGCUCCUCGAUGUCUGUCCACUUGGUAUAGGCAUCGAAGAUAUUCACGGUCACAUGCAUACACUCAUUCGUCGUAAUACAACCAUCCCAAUGCAAACUGAAUUUUACCCAGUAUUCACAAAUGCUUAUGCCUAUCAGACGACAGCUACUAUUCGUAUAUUUGAAGGCGAACAUAAUCUCACAAAAUACAAUAUACUCUUGGGCGAGUUCAGUCUUACUGGUCUAACAAGUAACUUCGCUGCUCAAACGCUUGAAAUAGCUAUUCGUAUCGAGAUCGACGCCAAUGGUAUACAUCGUGUCGAUGCUCAAGAAGCGCGUUCAGGCGUCAAAGCUUCAUUUACUAUCGCACCUAGUAGAUUGACAAAAGAUCAAAUUGAGCGACAUAUUACAUAUGUACAAAGUGAUGCAGAUUUUGCAGCUAAAUCUGUUUAUGAUCGACAAGCCAAUGAUCCAUUAUACUUGCUCGAUGGUCAAACUGAAGUUGUAAUGCACAACUUUUCUGGUGAACUUAUUGCGUCAUCCAAUCAGACGACUAGUACUCCGCUUCUCAGUAAACUGAAUGAUGUUCAAUCUACACCAGCAAUGAUUGAAGAACUCAUCAAACUUCAAUCCGAGGACGGUUCAUUUACAUUAAAUAAAGACUUAGCUGAUGUGCUUCAUAUCAAUCCUGAUAUUUUCAAUGGUCUUGAACAUUAUUUACGCGAGCAAGGUUUUAACUCACUCGCUUUGAAUAUACGCAACGAAAUUCUUCGUUUGAUUGGUACGGGUGUUAUUCUUAUGUGGUUGGUUCUUCAAACACAACCUUCGCAACAGAAUAAAAUUCAAUUUUUGUUUAUUAUUGAACAGAUCAAAGUUCAUCUUUGCAACCAUUUACCUGCUAACAUAAAUGAACAAAUGGACAAAGCAAUAAAAUUCUAUCAACAAACAAGUCAACGUAUUGGUAUAUAUUGUGGACAAUUAGAAUUACACGAUUCAUCUUGGGACAUGUUUAUUCAACGUAUAAUUAUCGGCAACGAUCAUGUCAAUAACUAG